GAACUAGACUCCUUCCACCAAUCUGGAAACAUCUCUCGCAAGAUGGAUUCAAGCACAGGAUUUAUUAAGUUCAUAUUUCCAGACCACACGAGGAAUUCCUCCAAGAUUCCGAAGAAUUUCUCCAAGACUCCGGUCAAUUUUAAAGCGGCAUACGAAUCAUUGGGUCCAAAACCUUACCAAAUCUUUGACCUUCUUUUGAAGGAAGAGCGUUUCACAAAUUUCUUCUCGAGAAUAGAAGUUUAUGGAAACAAUCUGGCCAAUCUGUUAAGUCGAUUUCCAGAUUUCCAGAAAGAUAAUUAUAGGAGUUCGUUAUUACGAGAAGUCAUUGGUGCUUUUACCGUUUCUCUGCUCGCUGAAAGAUUUGAUGAUAUGAAAUCUAGGAGUGCGGCUGCAAGAAUCGCUAUCUCGGCGGUAAAAUUAUCGGACCCAAGCACUUUAGGAAAGCUUGGUGUGAUAUUAGGAGCUCUUCCGGGGAUAUUACGGGUUUUGGUUGAGGAAGGGCACAUAAAGGAAUUAGCCCUAACUCAUGCAAAGUGCUUCGAGGGUCUCAUCUCUGAAGCCCAGGCCAGGGAACAGUGGGUCCAAUUUAUUAUGGGUUUCUGCAGAGGAUGCGAAGUUCAUGGGUCAAGGCCUGAGGGAGCUGGCGCUGGGGAGCUGGCGAAGUUUAUUCGAACUGCUCCAUGUAAAUUGUGUUCAAAGGUUUCCUUUGAUCGCGGUUUCAGCAUGGGUUCUGAGGGGGAGCCAACGCGGGCUCGGGAUCACCUCUUCAGAUCUAACAUGGAGUUGAAUGUGCUCGAAUCCCUCUUAGGCGAGCCUCUUGGGCCGUGGAAGAUAAUUCUUUCUCAACAGGCUAUGGAGGAUCUGGGAGCAGAGAACACUCAUGGUAAUCAUUCCAUCAAGCCAGAUGUUUUUGAGGAUUGCUGAUGUGAGCCAGGUGUCUUCCGGCAUGUUCGGUUCAAGUUCUCCGAACUUGCCUCCGGAGAUUGGGGUGGAAAAAAACUGUUCCAUAGGUUCGGAUGGGGCGAUGCACUGAGCUGUCGAAUCCCUUUAUUCAGAACUUUCUACAAAACCGGGUCUUUUAUAUUAUGGCAGAUUGAUACUGCUUUUGAUGAAAGGUUUGGCGAGGAUUACCAGGUUAUAAAAGGUUUGUGUAUCCAUGAGAGUAGCCUCAUGGGUAGAGAACUGACAACAAGAAACUGGGGGCUAGUAUGGGCUAUUGGAAAACCCAAAAAUGUGUGUUCGGUCCCGAUGUGAUGUGGGUACGGUGAUGCUAAGGUGAAGAAGGUCGGCAGGAUUGUUGCGCAUAUUCAUCGAGUACAGCGGGCCUAUACGAAAGCUAAAGUGGGAGCUUGCGACAUAGAAAUUUUGGAUGGGCAACGGGGGGUCAGGUAUCCAGCGAGGGUAUACGUGGACGACGGGGAAAGUUGUUCCAUGGGGGUCGAUGUCACUAUCAAUGAGGAUUUUGGUUGUCCAACCCAGCUAGGUAAAGAAGCCGAAAUAGCCCCACUUGAAUGGAUCUUGCAUGACGAUGCUAAAUUAGUGGUUAACAGCAAAGUUUUAUAGCCUAACUACGAUUGUUCUGGAUAGUAUUGCCUCCCCAAUUGGCAAGACGACAUACCCGGUAGCCAUAUCAGCGGAAGAGGCCCAAGUGGUGGAUCACUUUGUAACCCCAGCAUUCAUUCUCGGGAGAAGUGGAACUGGGAAAACCACUUGCUUAGUUUAUAAGCUAGUAGGAAGAUAUUUAGGUAGCAGGGAGAAUGGAGAACCUUUGAGACAAGUAAGUGAUUACAGGAUGCCUGGGAUUGGGUUAUGCUCUGAGGGUGUGAGGUUGACUAAGCUAACAAUCAUAGGUCUUACUCACAAAGUCAAAGAGGUUGGCGUCGAAGUUAAGAACUAAUACCGAUGGAUUGAUUGGAGCGAAAUUGGGAGAAAUGAACAGGCUAGCUGAGGGGAGUUAUGGCAAAAAUGAUGAGUUCAGUGACAAUACAAAAAAGCAAUUCUCGUCGCUUAGUGACGCAGAUUUCCCGCUGGUAUGCACUUUUGAUUACUUAUUAAGGCUUAUUGAGAACAGUAUUAGGUUUGUUUCUCCUCGGCUUAAGUCACUAUAAGGUUGGCCUACUGAGCGGCUCCAGGGAACAGGAAAACCGGGGAAGAUACAUGGAGAUAGACAGUUCUAAAUGCACCCGCGUGAUCGACUUUAGGAAGUUCGACAUCGAGUACUGGGAGCACAUGUCCCCCAAAUUAAAGAGGGGUAUUCCCGUGGAUCUAGCAUUUCUCGAAAUCAUGGGGGUCAUCAAGGGAUCGGUUACUCCAGCCACGGACUUUGAGCCUUUAUCUCGACAAGAUUAUUUGGAAAAGCGAUGGAGACUAGCACCGAAUUUUGCAACGCAGAAGGAGAGGGAUGCUGUCUACGACAUAUACGAGUGGUAUGAGCGAGCCAAGAAGAAGCGCGGCGAUAUUGAUCAGGCAGAUAGAAUUGUCAGGGUUACGAAGGCGUUAGAGGUAUUCAGGUCUUCGGAGAUAUUUGAAGAUAAUGCAUUCGAACGGAACAUUCGGGGGAUACUGGACGAAAUCUAUGUGGAUGGUUCGCAUCUCUUGAUCUAAAACGCUAGUUCCGGAAGGGGAUUAACAAAAAGGCAGAGGUCCAAGACCACCGAUCCUCGGAAAUAGGUCUGCUUUUGACCCUGGUGGGAUAUCCCCAGCACAUCCAUUUCGGUAUGGUUCUCUAUUUUCUUUUCUUACUACUUGGUCCCCGGUUCUCAUCAGCGGACAGCGGGUGAUACGGCCCAGUGUAUAUCCAAGGACGCUCUUUUCCGGUUUGCAAAUGCGAAAGCCUUAUUUUAUGAGCGCUUUAGGGCCACCGCUACUAGUACUAGCGACCUAAAGCCAACAUUGCUUCCCUUAUCGCACAACUUUAGAUCUCACAAGCAGAUUUUGAGUGUUGCCUCAUUAGUGAUGGAUCUCUUGUAUAACGGUGCUCUGCUUCCUAGUACGCUAUUCUGCCUUCCGUAAUGCUUAUGAAGCGAUUUAGGCUUUCCCGAAUUGGUCGAUAAAUUGCCUCCUGAGAUUGGGGAUAUCCCUGGCCCUAAACCUACCCUUUAUAGUAACACCCCCACCUGAUCGGCCGUUUGUAUGAUAGCUAAUUUUCGGAGUUGGGAGCAACAUAGCAGAGAUCCUGGAGCAUAUAGAGAGAAUGAGAACCUCUCGGAAACCGGACGGCCAGAGCUCUGGGCGUAAUGAAUAUGGGGAAGUGGGUGUUAUUCUAGUGCGGGAUGAAGAAACACGCGACAAACUUCGAACAAAGCUCGGAACAUCUUCACUAGUAUUAACUAUUCUUCAGAGCAAGGGCAUGGAGUUCGAGGAUGUUUUCCUCUAUAAUUUCCUUAGCACAAGCCCGUACAGCCAUAGAUUGGAUAUCUUAGAAGAACUUUUCGGACGGGGUCAUCGUACGUGUAAGAUCUACCUUAUGGAGGGGUGUAGUUUUGGGGGAGGGUUUGUGUCAUAUGCUAACCUCUUUUAACUUGGAGAGGGUUAGCUCCGAUGGAUCAUUUGGGACCUAUGGAGGAAGGCAAGAAUAGGAAGAGGAGCAAACUCGAGCGGAGGGCCCCCACAGGAAGCGGAAGUAAUCAAUCUACCUAUCAGUGGGACCAUGCGGACAGGGCAAAAGAGAAUAUUGUGAGUAACUAAUGACAUGGACUGUAAAAAGUGAUCCUAAUAGCGUUGCAGGUCCUCUGCUCUGAAUUGAAGGCGAGUUGAUAGUAUUCAGCUCCUGGUCUUGGGUUAAUUUAUCUGCUAAUACUUUGCGAACGUGAAGCAAUUAUAUGUCGGAGUGACGAGGGCUCGCAAUAGACUGUGUCUACUGGAAAGUAACCCUUGUAUCUUAAACCCGGUGCAGCUCCUGUUCAAUGAAAAGGCAAAUUUGUUAUCGCCGCGCCGGUACCCUGGCCCGCUACUGGAAAUAUUAACAGAGAAAAAUACAGGAGUAUGUCCUAAACCUUCCCUGCAUCAUCCUCUCUGACAUCCCUAGGCCAAUGAGCUGUACAGCCGGUUUUCUACGGGAAGGACGAUCGGCUCUUCUUGGUGGUGCGAAAUGGGAUAUCAAAUGAUUGAUGACCGACAAUACUCUGAGGUUCGUUGGAACAUGUCACAUUCUCAGAGGAGGAGACUCAUGGGUUCUCCUCUAGGCUCUCCGCUGCUUCAGGAGCGCCGGAGAUAUCCAUGGAAUUACGCUGGCCAAUGCAUAUGUUAGUGAAGAAAAUGGGCUCACCAACAGAGCUCAUGGGCUGUUUGAAGAGGCAAAACUUUCCCUAAUUCAGGCAUCAGAGCUUUUCCUACGCGCCAGAAGCAUCGAAAAGGCAGUCCAAUGCCGAAAGGAAGGGGGCGAUCCAAAUGGUGCAGCCCGUGAGUAAAUCCCUAGUGAGGACCUUGAAUAUUAAGGCUUAAAUGGCACAGAAAUUCUUGCCGAUAAUGGAGCACAUGAAGAUGCUACCUGGCUUUUGGCCGAAGUUGGCUUGUUUUUAGAAGCAAGUAAGGUGUAUACUCAGAUUAACAAACAUGAGAAGGCACUUGCGGCAUAUGCUCGGGGGGAACAAUUUAAACUGAUGUUCGAAUAUCUCAAGAGGUACACUAGAUCUCCCUUGCUGCUUAAUCUCCGAGCUCAGAAUGGCACACGGUGGGAUUAGCUAAUCACCAGGAACAGGUUUAAGUCAAAAAUAGAGCCUCAUUGUUGGAAUCAGUACCUGCGAUUCUUCUACUUAAAAGAAUUUGGAGAGAGUGACACGAUUCCAGACGAGCAUGAAAAACGGGUUCUCAAUCUUAUUGGAUCUCCGGAGGAGCAAGAAGUGGUUUUUUCAAGAUUUCGCUUGAUGAAUAAACUUUUCGAUUUGCUCUGUACUAGCGAAAAGUACAUGAAAGCCUACGAGGUUGGGAUUAAUUCUGGGCUGCUGGAGAGCUCCAUUCAAUUGCUUAGUGACAAACUUGGGUUAAAUAACCCAAAUUUGGGACACGGGGCACGGCUGGAAGUACUGUGUGAGUUUCUACAAGCAGAGCAUAUAGCAACAAAUCCUUGGCCCACGUCCGAAGAUAAACGGAUCCACAAAGCGCUACUAGCGGUUGUCGGGAGGGGGAACUCGCAGAUCGAUUCAUUUGUCAGAAGGUGGGAAGAUAUUGGUAGGGCGAUCUACAGCUUUAUCCUGAGCCCGGAUAAGCCUAGGGCAGCAGUUGGGGGGGUUGGUUAUCAGCGGGUUGCUGGCUAUGUCAAUAUUCUGGUUUGUUCUUUUGAAAUCUUUUUGUCGUGUUCACCUGUAACUCUGCAACAGGUAACGAGAUGUGUGCACCCGGACAACGAAUUACGGCUUCCACUUGAUCAUAUCGAGCGCGCGCUUGGAGAUUUGAGGAUAAUCUCUUCACUUGGGACAAUCCCGUACUCAGCUCAGCUCUAUUGCGGGGUUUAUGAGAUGCCUCGUCAACCGGGAAAAUACGUUGUCCUGGACCGGUCUCCACUCCGUGAUAACUCUAAACCACGGCUCCCACUUAGACCAGCGGAUAUCGAAUCGCUAAGAAGCCGAAUAUUAAGGCGUAUUUUACGGGAUAUCGCUCCGCCUCUUGUUUCGCUUGAGGAAAGAUUACGAGCGAUAUGCAGCAAAAAUGGGGGCCCUCAAUUCGUGCCUCAACUGAAGCUAAGUAUGAAUGAUCUUUGAUGCUCCAUCCCGCUUAGUAUAACACCCUACUUACAUGAAUCUCACUUAGCUGAAAAACGCUCCAACAGAGUAGAAGUAAGUCCUAUGCUUUGAAAUUCUGCUCUCAGACCACCGCCUUACAGUGAACUAGUUGCUGGUGCGCCUGUGCUUAAUAUUCUCCGAGUGUUCUGCAAUGAUCAAGGACAACAGGCGGCCUAAUGAUUCCUUGCCCCAGAAUUGUGAGAUGUUCCACUCCACUCCACUGAGCGGUCUGUUUCUAACGUGAUAUAGGGAACUGGAGGCUCUGGAAAGUGUCUCUUCUGGAGCAAAUGGAGUUAGAAUCCUCCUACGAGAGGACCCUGGGAGUUCAUUUUGAUACCAGGUUUAAGCCCGGGAAUUGGAUGACAAAGUAUCACGUACUGUACUCAACUUUGAGUGAGAAUGACACAGCAGAGUAUCGAAUAAAAUUAACUCUUCAAAUGGGUGUGGGAGCUCGGGUGUCUUCGCUUUUGGCUCAAUACCAAACAUCGCUAUUUCUAGGUAUGAGGAACCGUGCAAUGAGAUUCUUUGCGAGAGGGUAGGGUACAUCAUAUCCUAACAAGCGAUAGGCCAUCAAAGCAGGUGGAUGGGCUCAUUCCGGGCAAUGUGCGCUCAAACAAUGGGGUUGGGGAACUCCAGCCUCCAUGAUCACUCUGAAUUGGUAACUCUCGUCAAUCAGUGCCUGUCGGACACUGAAGAUGAUGAUUUUCCCUGGGGAUUUGUAUGCUUGGUUCACCAGCUCGCUUUGUAGUUGAUUUGUUAACACUAAAAUAGUGCGGAAAUAUAUACAAAGUCCUGGGUGCUCUGGAGAAAGCAAAAGACAUUCUAAAUUUUUAUUCGCCUUCUGUCAUUUCUCUUUAUGAGGAGCUGACCUUAUCUUUGGUAAGAAUAUGACUAGAAUUUGAGGUUUGGUAUUAACAAGUUUAGGUCCUCCUCCUGACGUGCCCUUACGAGUUUCUGAUUCCGGAUUCCUGGCGUCGUUUAUACCUCAAUAGAUGGAAAGGAAAACCUAGGUCACCUUCCAUUCUCAAACGCUUCUGGUGCCAGCGGUGUCUGGCCAGAGUUUGUUUGAGCUUCUGCGAGAUAUUAGAAGAAGCUAUCGCCGAAGAUGUUGCUUUAGCCCGACGAAGUGUCACCUUGAUUGUUGUAUGCCUUAUCAACUUGGGAACCCUUUUUCCCCGGCCACGGGAAUACGCAGAAUUAUGGCGGAGGUCGCAAGAGGUUCGCUUUCCCUCUUAAUAGGGACUUGAGAGUUGCAGUGUGCUUAUUCUCUACUCAGGUUUUCCGUUGUGGUGGGUUGAACGCUAGUGCUAUCCGGGAAGUACGGGAAGAUGAUCUCAUAGUUCAUUUGGCGGAGGACCUCCGAAGGUACGGAGGGAACGACUCAAUCUGCCUUGUGAGGGACCACAAACGACGUGUCCACUCCUUUGCCGGGAUUCCUUUGGAGAAGAACGGGAUAUCCGUAGUAAAUAUUCGCUCUGUGAGAGAGGAAGAAGGAUGUCCGUCGCAAACACUCAAGGGGAUGAAGACGAGGCGGAUUAACGCGGUCCAUGCUCUGAUCGCUCUUCGGGAACUGGAUCGGCCGAGAUUCCUGAGGUUCCUGGAAAUCCAAGAACGCAAAAGGCGCCUUAACCCAAAAUUCCAGUACACGUGGUCCAAAGAUUUAGCGACGGGUAUAGGGGGUUAAGGAUCGGAUGUAUCAAUGUCGAAUAUUUGUUUUUUGUUUUUUUUCCACUUUUUCCCCUCCACCCUUGGUGUGCUGUUAGGUUAGUAAUGAAGAAAAAGAGUUUUGUUCUCCG